GCAGGACAGGACUCAAAAACUCAAACUGUCCUGUCAAAAUAAUUUGUAAAAUCAUUAGUAAAGUUCUAGUACUUGGCAAUCACAUGCCAGGGCUUCAGAGAUGAGACUGGCUGGUACACACAAUUCUAUGUAUAUAGGAGUACUGCUUUAUGUGUACUCACAAGCACUUAACAGUAUAGACCAGUGACCCCAGGUAAAUUGGUUUGAGAGCCCUGUUUCAACCCUAUCAGGUUCAAUGACAGGUCAGGAGUCUCCUGCUGGUUUUACUGACCCUGGAAAGGUAAAGCCCAGUUUGUAGUUCAGCAAAUGUGGGUGUGCCCAGAAAUAUUCAAAACUGAAAAUGAAACCUACUAAUAGCUGUGUGAAAAAAGCUUUCCUUUAACAGGUUCCGUGUGGCUCAGAAGUUAAAGAAUAUCUACCGUAACACCUGGCUCAUGUUUUGUACAUUUUGGAGACAGUUAUUACAAUGCUGCUGAAUGGCACAUAUCAAAGGUUUACCUCUCUCUCAGUCAACUUGUUGAUUCAGCUGCUUAUUUUGUAUCUGCCCUUGGGUUCCUCAUUAGAGGAAUUUGAUGUCAUUGCUACUAAAACCCCCAUCUAUAUUACGGUUGGCUCGGCAGUCGAAUUAUCUUUCCACCUGUCUCCUGAAACCAGUGCUGUAAAUCUAGAUAUUCAAAUUUCCAGAUCAUUUUCUUCACAGUUCAUAGUGUAUCACUCGAGCCAUGGGGUUAUUCAAAGUCCAAUGGAGGAAUAUAAAGAAAGAAUACAGCUUGUGACAAAACAUUUAACCAUGGGGAAAGUCUCUUUGCUGAUCCGUGAUAUAGUCCCAUUUGAUAAUGGCACAUACCGCUGCUUAUUUAAGAUGGGUAUCAACUCCAAAGAGGGUGAUUUGGAUCUGGUGGUAACAGCUCUGGGCACUGACCCUCUAAUUCGAAUGACUAAAAAUCAUAAUAAAGACUUCACAGCGCAUUGUGAAUCUGAAGGUUGGUACCCUGAGCCUACAAUUCUGUGGAAGAGUGGAUCGGGAGAUACAUUGCAACCUUUAAGUGAGCAAAAGUACGAAAAACCAUCAGGACUGUUUACUGUCCAGUCUUCUAUGAUUGUCACAUCUGGAGGCUUUUUAUCUUGCACCGUCCAAAAUAUUCAGCAAAAUGAAAAAAGAAAAACAGAAAUUGUCAUAUCUGAGACUUUGUACAAAAAAAUGGACUGCUGUGGGAUGUAUCGGAUUUUUACUUGUCUUUUAGUAUUCAUUCUUCCUGUUUCAUCUAUGAUAUUUGUAUCCAUUUGGGAAAAACGUUUACACAAAACAUUGAGAGCAAAAGAAGAUGAAAUGAAUAAACAACUUGCAUCAAGAAAGCAACGUGAAAAACAAAAUAAACGUGAAAUAAGUAAGUAA